AUGGCGCCCACUACACGAUCCGGCAGCAAGCGCGCAAGCGGUGAAGCCGUAGACAAGAAAGUCACCAAGAAAGCGAAGCAAUCUGUCAAGACGGCUGCGAAGCCCGCGAAGAAUGAGGCGCCCGCAACCGAAGCUCCUCAGUACUUCCGCUUCCUCGACCUUUCUCCAGAGCUACGGAACCGAGUCUACGAAUAUGCCAAAGAAGAUGAAUCCAGUCGCUUUGCUCCACGGCCUGUACAGAACGCCUUACAGUAUCCUCGGAAGCCACGGUCAAUGCGUCCCUGGAAAUUCUUCGCUCUGACUCAAGUCUGCACACAAGUUCGCACGGAGUAUCGUCCUCUCUGGGUUCGCAAUCUUCGUGUUGCAUUUUCAGCGCCCAGCCAAGUAGCCGCUUUCCUCGACACCUUUCUACGAUUUGAGAACGAACCCAAGCACAUGCCGAAGCUGGUACAGCUCCUAUGGGAUCAUGGCAACGACGACGAAAUGAGAUACGCUCUGACUGACAUUCUACGCUUGCAUGCACACUCUCCGUCGUCGCGUGUUGCGCUCAUUCCCGAAAACGUCGCACUCGGAGUGGGUGUAGGCAACGAUGUCUGCAACAAAUGUAUGAUGCGAUAUCAUAGAGAGGAAUGUGGCAUGCAUCCAGAUAGCGACGACGACGAUGACUGCGACUGCCCAGAUUUUGAUAUGAGCAACAGCGAGUGGGAAGAGUUCAAGGACGACCAGAUGAACUAUACUUCCGAUAUCCCCGAGUUUGUCCACAACGCGAACGAAGCUUGGAUGUCGGCUGUGAAAGAGGAUAAGGUCAUUGUCACUUGCUCAUUUUGCCAGUGGAGCCACCAUGCCAUCUUCAAAAUUCUCUACAAGGAUCCGAUUUGUGAGACGAACACCCACUGUCAACCGGCUUGGGAUCUACUCAAGCAAUGGGGCAUCCUCGACCUUCAGGUCAAGCGAGCAACCCAAUUCAUCUUGGCUUAUGAGGAUGAACAGAGCGUGGAUCAUGAGGGUUACAAGAUGAGUAACUCUGUCGUGCGCCAAGUUCUCAUCCGCAAAGCGCCUUCGAAGACCUAA